GCUCUACAUCAUUUUCACUCUCUUCUCUCUCUGCCCUUACCUUAACUGUUAGCUGCUCAUUGUUUGGCUUUCAAUCUUCAAUAUAUAUCGCCAAAAUAUUCUCUCUCUAUUUUCUUCUCCUUAGUUCUCUGGAUUGGAUCAUCGUUUCCGACGCCUUCUUCCCACCAAAAAAAAAAAAUCCCUUUCGGAUAUGGAUCUCUUCGCUGCCAAUGUCAAGAACGCCGCCGCCGCCGCCGCUCCUCCUUCCCCCUUUUCACUCAAACACUCCUUUCCUGAUAGACCCAUUUCCUGCUCUCUGGCGAUGACUUCGAGGAAAUUCUCUUCCUCAUAUCCCUUUGGCGCUGAACUUCUCAGCUUGCUUGAGAUCCGUGUUUUCAAGCCCAAGCUUUCCUCUCCCGGUUUUCUCGUGCGGGCCACUGCCAAGAAGAAUCACGACAAUUCUCCAUCUCCUGAAAAUGGAGAUCAUUCUGUUCCUGGAGAUGACGCUAAAUCAAAGAAUAUUUCUGAUGGCAACGAAAGUAAUGAAACUUCUUCCCAGAAACCACAUCUUGUAAAUUUGGACUGGCGAGAAUUCAGAGCAAACCUAUUUGCUCGUGAGCAGGCAGAAAAGGUCGAAGCUGAUGUGGAAACCCAGACUGCAAAUGCUCACGAGUCUAAGGGUCUUGCGCUGAAGUGGGCACAUCCUAUUCCUAUGCCUGAGACUGGCUGUGUGCUUGUUGCCACCGAGAAGUUGGAUGGUGUUCGCACUUUUGAGCGUACAGUCGUCCUUCUCCUCAGAUCUGGAAGCAGACACCCUCAGGAGGGACCAUUUGGUGUCGUGAUAAAUAGGCCACUCCACAAAAAGAUCAAGCAUAUGAAACCAACCAAUAUUGACUUAGCAACUACAUUUUCUGAGUGCUCUCUACAUUUUGGGGGACCUCUUGAGGCGAGCAUGUUUUUGCUGAAAGCAGGAGAAAAAUCGAAACUCCAUGGGUUUGAAGAAGUGAUCCCAGGCCUCUGCUUUGGUGCUCGAAACACCCUAGAUGAAGCUGCAGUGUUGGUGAAGAAGGGAAUCCUUAAACCUCAGGACUUCAGAUUCUUUGUGGGUUAUGCUGGUUGGCAACUGGAUCAGUUGAGGGAGGAGAUUGAAUCAGAUUACUGGUAUGUGGCAGCUUGUAGCUCAAAUCUAAUUGGUGGAAUCUCAUCAGAUUCCUCAUCAGAGGGGCUAUGGGAAGAGAUUUUGCAGUUAAUGGGUGGUCACUAUUCAGAGUUGAGCAGAAAGCCUAAGCAAGAUAUGUAGUUUACUUAUGUGAAGGAAGCAAACAUUGAAAAAACUCUCAACGUUCAAAUAUGUAAUCUACGUUAAAGCCAAAUGUACAGAAGUUAGCUGGCUUUUGAAAUUUAGCAGACGGACAGCUACUACUACCUUUUUAUAGCCUACUUCUAAAUGUAAUUUAUGUAUAUUCUGUUCACGUUUGCUUAAUUCAAUAGCUGUUUUAGAAUA